AAGCUAAUCUGAUUUAUUGACUGUGAGAGCCAUCCAACUUGAAUCCAGGAGGAAGAAGUGGAAAUAACUUCUGAGUGCUGUGAUUGGAGCUCAAGCAAGCUCCAAAUUUGCAAAGCAGGGAAGCAUAGAGUUACUGCCCACAAGGGGGUAGAAGCAGGCAGUUGAAUAGCAGGGAUGUGAAGUCUUACGUUCUCCCAGGGGCUUGAUGGGAGGACAGACCGGUAAGCAAUUGGACGAGAGGUUCUUGUGCUAAUGAACUUCAAAUCUACAGAUCUGGAAAACUUUUGGCCAAAGCUGGAACCUCUAUGCUGUGUCUCUUUAACACACUCUAACCCUAAGGGUGGUGCUCAUGUCACUCAAGACUCAAUAGCCAAUCAGAACCUCCACAUGGACCUGCCAGUCAGAAGAGGAGGCGGCUCUUCCAGGUCAAGCUUGCAAGCUCCUUUCUGUAACUCAGCAGUCAUGAGAGUUUCUGUGUGAUGUGUUCUGCGUGACUCUACUGGGUGUUGUGAGAGAAGGUUAGUCAAGCUCAGAACUCCAAACAUGGAGGAAGAAGGGGAAUUGCCUCCUGAGCGCUGGAAUUGGAGCUCAGGCAAGCUCCAAACUUUCAAAGCAGUGAACCCAGGGGCACUGCCCAGAAAGGGGAGAGGCAGGCACUUAGGCAGCAAGGAUCAGGAAUCUUAGCCUCUCCCAAGGGCUUGCGAGAGAACAGACUAUUGGAGGAGACACACUGGUGCUACUGAACUGCAAAUCUGCAGAUCUGGAAAAGGAUUGGCCCAGACUGGAACCACUCGGCUGCAUCUCUACAGUACACUCUAACCCUAAGCCUGGUGUUCACUUCACUCAAGACUCAAUAGGGAAUUAGAGCCUCCACAUGGAGCUGCCAGUCAGAAGAGGAGGUGACUCUUCCAGGAUUUAGUCACCUAUGAUGACGUGCAUGUGAACUUCACUCAGGAAGAGUGGGCUUUGCUGGAUGCUUCUCAGAAGAGUCUCUACAAAGGUGUGAUGGUAGAGACCUAUAGGAAUCUCACAGCUAUAGGUUACAGUUGGGAAGAACAUACAAUUGAAGACCAUUUCCAAACUUCUAGAAGUCAUGGAAGGUAAUUUUCCUCUGCAAGCUGAUGAGAAAAUGCCUAUGAAGAAAGUUUAACGUGUGCUACAAGUAGUAAAGAAAACCAAUAGGGUACAAUAAGCACUGCUUUCAGUUAUGGAUGUUUAUUGAAUUUCAUAAAAUCAUAUAUGUCUAUGGCAGAUAUGUAAUUAUUGUUUGCAAGACUUUCCAUUAGUUCAAAGACAGAGAAAUAAUGGCUUAACAGGUAUGUUACUGUUUAAAUCAAGCCUAGUAGAGCCAUGCUGUACAAGUGCGAGUGUCUUCAGUCUCAUAUCGCUUAGCUAUUGCAAAAGGAACACACAGUGAUUAGGUGACAAGUAUAUGUCUAAAACCUAGUAAUAAGCAAAUAAUCCAUAGUAUAUCUGAGCUCAAUGAUAUACUUGUAAUAUCAUUGCUAAAUUUAGUGAGAUGGACAGUUCAUAAGAUUCAAAAAUGGUUUGGUGGAAAAACCUUAAUCGCUAUACUACAUCUCUAUGAGGAAAAAAGUCACGUGUGUGAAUGUAAUAUGGAACCUUUACACUUGUUAUUCUCUUUUAAUAUGGUUGUCAUAUGUUACUAUGGAUACAUUGAGCAUAGGGGUAUUGAAAGAUGCCACAUACCUUUCACUUUUUCAGAACAACAAGAGGAUAUGCAGUAUAACAUACUUUGAGUGACAUUCUAAAUGUGCUGUAAGUUUAUAAGUACUUAGUUUCCCAACAUUUUUGGGGACGUUUACCAACUCAAACUGCUGAAAAUCAUAAUGAGAAUUAGGGUAGUAGAAAUUAUAUUCUGUUUGCAUUUGUUCACGUUCCAAAUGUAGUAUUACUGUCAUGAUAACAAAAUUUGUGAAUGCAAUCAGUGUGCAAAGACUUUGAGUUCUUCCUUUUUUUUUCAAAUAUGUGAAUAACCUUUUAUACAAAAAGUAUGCUAUAAAUGUGAGCCAGAUAAUCAAUACUGUUCCCAUUUCAUGUAUCCUCAAAGAUGUAAAACAAUCCAUAAUGAGGAGAACACCUUUGAAUGCAAACAAAGGCAUAUUACAUUAACAUUAGAUUGCUCUUUUGAAUGAAGCCAAUUUUUAAAAGAAUUCAUACAGAUAAAAAGACUCACCAGUAUAAUCAAUGUGAGAACAAUUUCACAUGUGCCAAUUGUAUUUGCAGGUAUGAAAGACGUUCUUCUGCAGAGCAACACUCUGAGUUUAUUCAAUGUGGUAAAGCCUUUGCAUGUCAGAGUCAUAGUCAAAGGCAUGUAAGAAUACACAAUGGAGAGAAACACUAUGAGUGUAACCAAUGUGGUAAAGACUUUGGAACAAGGAGUGUCCUCCAAAGACUUAAACGAACACAUACAGGAGAGAAACCCUAUGAAUGUAACCACUGUGGUAAAGCCUUUGCAGAAAGCAGUACUCUCCAAAUCCAUAAGCGAAAACAUACAGGAGACGAACCAUAUGAAUGUAACCACUGUGUUAAAGCCUUUGCAAAAAGGAGUGACCUCCAAAUACAUAAACGAAUACAUACAGGAGAGAAACCCUAUGAAUGUAACCAAUGUGGUAAAGCCUUUACACGAAGCAGUCAUCUCGGAAUCCAUAAGCGAACACAUACAGGAGAGAAACCCUAUGAAUGUAAACAAUGUGGUAAAGCCUUUGCACGAAGCAGUACUCUCCAAACCCAUAAGCACACACAUACAGGAGAGAAACCCUAUGAAUGUAAGCAAUGUGGUAAAGCCUUUGCACAAAGCGGUCCUCUCCAAAUCCAUAAGCGAACACAUACAGCAGAGAAACCCUAUGAAUGUAAGCAAUGUGGUAAAGCCUUUGCACAUAGCAGUACUCUCCAAAUACAUAAGCGAACACAUACAGGAGAGAAACCCUAUGAAUGUAAACAGUGUGAUAAAGCUUUUGUAAAAAGGGGAGAACUCCAAAUACAUAAGCGAACACAUACAGGAGAGAAACCCUAUGAAUGUAAACAAUGUGGUAAAGCCUUUGCACAAAGUGGUACUCUCCAAGAACAUGAGCGAACACAUACAGGAGAGAAACCCUUUGAAUGUAACCAAUGUGGUAAAGCCUUUGUACGAUGCAUUGCUCUCCGAAUACAUGAACGAACACAUACAGGAGAGAAACCCUAUGAAUGUAAACAAUGUGGUAAAGCCUUUGCACAAAGUGGUACUCUCCAAGGACAUGAGCGAACACAUACAGGAGAGAAACCCUUUGAAUGUAACCAAUGUGGUAAAGCCUUUGUACAAUGCAUUGCUCUCCGAAUACAUGAACGAACACAUACAGGAGAGAAACCCUAUGAAUGUAAACAAUGUGGUAAAGCCUUUGCACAUAGAAGUACUCUCCAAAUACAUGAACGAACACAUACAGGAGAGAAACCCUAUGAAUGUAAACAAUGUGGUAAAGCCUUUGCACAUAGAAGUACUCUCCAAAUACAUAAGCGAACACAUACAGGAGAGAAACCCUAUGAAUGUAAACAAUGUGGUAAAGCCUUUGCACAUAGCAGUACUCUCCAAAUACAUAAGCGAACACAUACAGGAGAGAAACCCUAAGAAUGUAAACAAUGUGGUAAAGCCUUUGCAGGAAGCAGUCAUCUCCGAAUACAUAAGCGAACACAUACAGGAGAGAAACCCUACGAAUGUAACCAAUGUGGUAAAGCUUUUAAAAGAAGUGGUGACCUUCUAAUACAUAAGCGAACACAUACAUGAGAGAAACCCUGUGAAUGUAAGCAAUGUGGUAAAGUUUUUAUAAGAAGUGGUGACCUUCAAAUACAUAAGCGAAGACAUACAGGAGAUAAACCCUAUGAAUGUAAACAAUGUGGUAAAGCUUUGCAGAAAUCAGUACUCUCCAGAUAUAUAAGCGAACACGUACAGGAGAGAGACCCUAUGAAUGUAACUAGUGUGGUUAAGCCUUUGCAGGAAGCAGUGGUCUCCAAUGUCAUAAAAGAACACAUACAGGAGAAACACCCCAUGAAUGGAACCAAGGUAGUAAACCCUUUGCAGGAAGCAGUGGUCUUGAAUAUCAUCGAAUACAUACAGCUGAAAAACCCUAUGUAUUUAACCAAUGUGGUAAAGCCUUUGCAGGAAGGAGUGACCUCCAAAGACAAAAGAUCAUACAGAAGAGAAAGCCUAUGAAGGCAUCUAAUGUUAUAAAGUCUUUGCAGCAAGCAUUGAUCUCCACGUAUAUAAAUGAACACAUACCAGAGAGGAACCUUUUAAAUGUAACCAACAUGGUAAAGCUUUUUCAAAAACCAAUAGUCUUUACAUACAUAAAAGAAUAUAUACUUGAGAGAAAUGCUUUGACUUUAACCAAUGUGGUUAAACUUUUUCAAAAAGCAGUCAUCAACAAAAUCAUAAAAGAACACGUAUAGGAGAGAGAUUUUUGAAUGUUAGCAAUGUGCUUUUACACCUUUUUUCACAAAAGAGUGGCCUCAAAAUAUAUAAGGAAACACGUACUGGCGAGAAACCCUAUGAAUAUCAGGAAUGUCCUGAAACCCUUCUACAUCACAAUCAUCUUCAAAUCCAUAAAGAACAUGUAGUGGAGAAAAAUCCUCUGAAUAUCACUAAUUAGGUAAAGCAGUUAUAAAGAGUCAUCUCCUAACACAAAAGUAUACACACUGGAUAGAAACCCUAUGAAUAUAAGCAAUGUGGUAAAUGUUUUAUAAGUCACAGUAUUCUCUAAGUAAAUAAAGGAAGACACACUUGAGAGAAACCCUAUGAAAGUUAUUAAAGGUACAAAGCCUUGUACAUUAAAAUCUUCAAAUACAUAAAAGAAGACAUAGAGGUGAGAAACCCUAUGUCUGCAAGCCAUGUGGUAUUGCCUUCACUUGUCAAUCAUAUUCAAUGACACAAAAGAAAUCAUAAUGUAGACAAAAUCCUGUGAGAGUAGUUAAUAUGGUGAAGCUUUUUGAAUAUUUCUAGAGUCUUCACAAUGAAACAAUCCAUACUGCCAAAAAAUUUAGGAAUAUAAUAUGGUGAAACCUUUUCAGAUUCUCAAAUCUUCAUCAUUAUGAACGAGAAACCCUAUGAAUGCAUUCAAUAUGGGGAAGCCUUUAAACAUUUCUAAUUCUUCAUCAUCAUGAAAAUAAUCAUACAAAGAAUUCAAGAGGAUACAGGGGUGUUUCUUACUGUAUUGCUUGAGUUACAGUCCUGACAUCCUUUGGUGAUCAACAGCAAUUUGGAAAGUGUAAGCUGAAGGAACCCUUUCCUCCCCUCUGCUUCUUGCUCAUCAUGUUUGUGAAGGAAUAGAAACCCUGACUAAGACAAAUUGGUAUGAGGAGUGGGUAUUCCUGUGACAACCUGACCAUGUUUUGGGAGGACUGUGGAAGGACUUUGGAACUUUGGGCCAAAGGACACAUUCAGUUUUAAGAACUCUGUGGGAUGUUGUGUAGGAGCUUGGAAGAUAAUGUUGAGAACAGUGCAGAAGAUGGAGGCCUGGCUUGUGAAAUUUCAGAGGGAAAAUUAAAGACUCUUUUCAGGGCCAUUGCUAUUUUGGAUUGUGUUGAUUCUGUGGUUCUAACUAGCUAGGGCUGAAGAAUCAGCUGUGAUUAACAAGAUACCAGAACUACUAGAGUGAAAACUUGGCAUUACUGGGACUAUUGAUGCUGGUUAGCUGGAGCUAAGAAAUUAGCAGUAAUUAAGAAGAGACCAGCAUCAUUGGGGUGACAUCUUCUCGGAAGUGUUUGCGGAGAGCACAGAGGCUGUGUUCUAGAGAUAGCCAAGGUUUACCUUGUGCUAUGGCUGGACUUGGUAACGUGUAAGAGUUACCCAGGUGGUACUGGUUUUGCUGGCAUGAAGGGAUCAGACAGAGCAGCUGAGGCUCAGCACUAUGAGAGGCCAUGGAAGGCCAUUGGUGAAGGUGCAGCCUCAGAUGCAAUUGAUGACCCAGGACUGUGGUGUCAUGCAGUGUUUGGAGAAGCCAGGACCAUGAAUGACCAAGAACAGCAGCAGCAGUAAAGUAUAGGCAUCUGGAGCCUAGAGGACAAGCUGUGUGCUACAAAGGACAGGGCUGGAGAAGUGACCCAAGCCCUUGGAGGAGCCCAGAAGAUCAUGAAUUGGAUCCCAGACGUUGGACAGUUGGAAUUUAAUUUUUCUUUUGAUUGUGACUGUGCCCUCAUAUUUUUCCCUUUGAAGGAAGAAAA